AUGUCAGGACCGAGGCCUGUGGUGCUGAGCGGCCCCUCUGGAGCAGGGAAGAGCACUCUGAUGAAGAGGUUGAUGAAGGACCACGAGGACGUCUUUGGAUUCAGUGUGUCACACACAACAAGAAACCCUCGACCAGGAGAGGAAGAUGGCAAAGGGCUGAACAAGCUCCCCAUGCUUCUGGGGGCUACUUUACUGCCCGUAGCAGACGUCUUUUCCUCUGAAGACUUAGAAAACUCAUUUUCGUGUCCAAACAAAUCAGAAACCACAGAUAAAGACUACCACUUCACAACGAGAGAGGCCAUGCAGGAGGGAAUUGACAAAGGAGAUUUCAUUGAGAAUGCUGAGUUUUCUGGCAACAUGUAUGGAACAAGUAAAGCUGCCAUAGAGGAUGUGCAGGCCCAGAACCUAAUCUGCAUUUUAGAUGUGGACAUCCAGGGGGUGAAGAGGAUUAAAGAGACUGACCUGAACCCCAUCUACAUCUCCAUCCAGCCUCCCUCCAUGGAGAUCCUGGAAAAACGUCUCAGGGACAGACAGACAGAAACAGAGGAGAGUUUACAGAAACGCCUGGAGGCCGCACGCAUCGAUAUGGAGCUCAGCAAGGAGCCUGGAGUGUUUGAUAUUGUUAUCAUUAAUGACGACCUAGAGCGAGCCUACGAGGAGCUGAAAGAUAUCCUCAGUGAAGAAAUCCAAAAAGUUCAGGAAGCCAAAUCGUAAGAGAAGAACGGUACCUCCUGUCUUUCUGCUGCUGGACAGAAGAUCCAAUGCUUGUGAC